UGGCUCCUGCUGCUCCCUCGACAUCUCACCUGCAGCAAGCAACAGAGGAAAAAGCUUUGCGUUAGAUCUACGAGAUUCAAAACCUAGCAAGCAAACGAACACACGCAGCAAAAUCAAGUCCUUUCCAAGCAAAUUCGCAACUAACUCCUCCAGAACCGAUACCAAUCUGAACCGAAAUCACAGAAGAAUCUGAUGGUGAGCGCGAGAAUUGGAGUAGGAGGAGGAGGUGUUUAGUGACAAGUAACGGUGGGGAGUAAAAACGGAGCGGAUCGGAGGAUGGACAAGAACAAGAGCCGUACCGAUCUGCUCGCCGCUGGUCGUAAAAAGCUUCAGCAAUUUCGCCAGAAGAAGGACAGUAAAGGCAGUAGCAGUAGCCAUGGAAGAUCCUCAAAAAAGUCUAGCACGUCGGAGAAUCAUGAAUCUGACGCUGAUGAAGCGUUGAGUACUGGAAAAGCAGCAGGAUUGAAACAGGUUCAUGAAUGGGAAGUUAAAUCUCAGAGUGAUCCUGAUUCGGGAAGGGUAGAUUCUUUGGUGUCUUCAUCUUCUGGGGCUCCUGAUCUUGAUCUUGAUGUUGUGGCUGUUGAUCUGCCUUCAAUUCCUCUGACACCUGAAACAAGAGUAGCCGAAACAGCUUUGGAUCAUGAUGCUGGCAGUGCUGCGGAGGAAGGUGGGGCUGAUGAGAAUCAUAUUGAUUCCUCAAAACCUGAUGAAGGGGAAAGUAGCCAGUCUAUUGAUGAUAAGGCUGCAAGAGUUGUUCCUUUAGGAAGCUCAGAUAUUCCAGAUUCUGAAGCAAAAACCAAACAUGAUGAUGCAUUUGUAAGCGUAGAUGUGUCAGCCCCUCAUAAAUUAAUUGAUACUAUGGAUGGCACAACUGUUACAGGUGAAACAGAGAGCCAAGAUGGGGAAGAUGGCAUGUGGCCAUUGCCACCACAAGAAGAUACCCCUGAUACAUCCUCGAUACAAGCAAGGGGAAAUCAGGUAACGGAUGAAGCUGAUGGUUUGGACUCAAAGCAUUUUGGUGGAAGCAGUGAUUUAGAGCUUGAAGGAGACAGGAGGCUUUCUUUCUCUGGGCGUGGUGAAAUUGCCAAAUGUGCUGGAGAGACAGCUUCAGAACAGAUCCAUGUGGAGGAAGCAGCAGCUUCUCAAUCAAAGCAAAGUGAUGGGGUAGAUGAUGCUUCUGUUUCUGCAAGUGCAACUGACAUGUCAGAUGGGCUAGUGGCAUCUACUUUGCCUAUUUCGGAGGCCGAUGGAAGUGCAGGUGUUAUCCAUGAAGCCACGAAUCAACAUGGGAAAGUUGUUGAUAUAGGUCCAUCUACUGUAGAAAAUGUGGAAAUUCCGUCUGGGUAUGGAUAUUGUGGAAAUGAUGGGGAAAGUGUUCAAUCUGAUAGGUUGGUUACAGAAGCAUCCAGUCCACAAUAUUUUCCCGAGGAUUCUUUUGUGUUUGUUGCUGAAAGUGACAAAAGGCCUCUUUUAAAUAAACUAGCAAGUACAUCUGAUGGAUAUGCUAUGUCUCCUUUUGAUGAUUUGGGCCAAGUCACUUUCUUGCAGCUGAUAGAGGUUAUAAAGGGACUUAAUGAAGACGAGUAUAGGUUACUGCUCGAGUCUCGGGGAUCAGUUUCUAAUGUUGAGUUGGGGACUACCAAUUCGUUCUCAUCACAAAAUGGCUUUCCGGGUUUGUUGGAGAGACUUGGAGAAGAAUUGUUCCUCACAAAGUGCACGAAAGAUAUCCUUCAAUUGCAACUUUCUGAACAGUCUGAUCUACAAAUAGAGAAUGAUCACCAUUUGCAUCAAUUGGAUGAUGAAAUAUCUGUGCUUCAUGCAUCACUCAAAGAAGCUCGUGAGAGGGGUAACUCCCUUGCUGAAGAGCUUGCAGAAUGCAGAUCUGAACUUCAGGCUAGUUUUAGUGGGAGGGAGGAGCUUGAGCAGCAAUUUCACAAAGCAAAGGUAGAAGUCGAGGAAGUUUCUGCUAGAGCAUACAAGUUGCAGAAUAGUCUGGAGAUGUCUCAAUCAGAAUUAUUGAGACUAUCCAAGGAAUUGGCCAACAGCCAGGAUUUUGUUGCAGCCUUGCAGGUGGAAGUUGAAAACUUAAAUGGCAAUCUUGUUUCCUUGACCGAGGAGAGAAAGAUAGUUGAGGAGGGAAAAAAUUCUUGUCUCCAUGAGAAUGAGAAGCUGUUGAAUGAAUUAGCUGACUGCAAGAGUUUGAUAGCAGCUUUGCAGACAGAAAGUUCCAACUUGAGGGGAACUGUUGCUUCAAUGACAGAUGAGAAAAUCAAGCUCAAUGGGGAAAAGGAGUACCUUGCUGAUUGUCAUGAUAAGAUUUGCCUGGAGUUAUCUGAUUGUAAGGGUUUGGUGGAAGCUCUACAAGUGGAAAAUCUGAAAUUAAGUGGGAGCCUUGCCAUGGCUACAGAAGAGAGAAAGAAAUUUGAAGAGGACAUGAGUUAUUCAGCCCAGGAGAGAGAUAGACUUUCAUCUGAGCUUCUUGUCCUUCAUGAUGAGUUAUCUAAAGAUCAUGCAGAAUGCUUGCAAUUUGAAUCUGAGCUAAAAGAGAUGACAAUGCGUCUUGAACAACUUACGGAGGAAAAUAUAUUUCUUAGCAGCAAUCUGGAUAUACAUAAAGUUAAGCUACAAGAAAUUGAAGACUUGCAAGCCCAAAAGUCAUCCCCGGUUGGCAAAGCUGCGAAUCCAGUUGGAAGUUUGGAAACACUGAGCAAGGUUUGGGAGGAUGCAUCUGAUGUUGAGCAUGAUGGUGAAGCUACCUUUUCAAUGUCUGAGAAAUCCAUGUCUGGUAACUUUGAAGUAGCUCCGCCACUAGCACUGUUGGGGCAGGAAGUCUUUGAUGAUUCCUUGGGUUUUGUAGCCUUGAAGGGACACCUUGAGGAGGCAGGAAAAGUUAUGCUAGGUCUUGAAAAGGAAAUUGAAGUGGUGCACUCUCAUUCGGUAUCACUAAUUAGAGCUGGUGGUAAAAGUGCAUCUCCUGCAGUGUCAAAACUAAUUCAAGCUUUUGAGUCAAAGGGGCAACACGAUGAGAAUGAGGCAGAGCAUGGUUCCAUGAAAGAGGAUCAAUCACCAGCAACAGAUCCUUUUGCUUCAAUGAAAGAAUACACAGGAAAUUUGAAGGCAAUCCUUAAGCGAUUGACUCUAGAUGCUGAGAAUGCCAGUUUAAUGUUCAAGACGGAGAGAGAUGAUAUAAGCAUUGCUAAUUGCACUAUCAGGGAGCUCAAGUUUCAGGCUGAAGCCCUGAAGGAACACAAUGAUAAUUUGGAAGCAACCAACAUCCAACUUGGUGUUCUUUAUGAAGCUGUAAAGCAGCAUUUGUCUGAUUUUAAUGAAAAAAACAACAAGCUUGAAGUUCUUUGUGAUUCCCUGAGACAACAAGAAUUCAGUCUUAAAGCAGAAAAUUCUGAGUUUGGCAGAAAACUGAGUGACUGCGAAUUGAAAAUUGAAGAUUUGCAGAGUCAGUUGCAUGGUUUACAGAAAAGUUCAGAUGAGAAGGCUUCCGUACUUCAUGAUGAACUAGCAAAAUCCCAAAUGGAAGCAGCUGAGAGGGCAUUGACAGUUGAGCAGGAAUGGAAUUCAACCGUUGCCCAGAUUAUUGAAGCAGUUGAUAGGCUAGAUGUCUCUACUGGAUUUUCGCUCACCUCCACCGCCUCAAUGCCCAGUCAUGGUUCCUUGGAUGUAAGCAGUCAUGUUACUGCCUCUGUUAAUGCUGCUACAAAUACGAUACAGGAUCUGAAGGCGAAACUUGAAGCUUCUUCCAGAGACCAUGAAACUGCCUCUAACUUAUUCAAUGGAGUGAGUGAGAAGUGCAAUGAGUUGCUUGGAAAAAGUGAGUUGGUUAAUGCCACUUUGCAUAAGCUGUACUCUGAGCUUAGAAAAAUUGUGAUUGAUUCAUGUGGUUAUGUGGAAGAAAGUAAUUUACAAGAUGAGGAAUUGCCUGACACUGUAGAUUAUAUUAGAUUCAAAGCCCUUUUGGAGAAAUUGGAGAAUGCUUUGGCUGAGAGGCUACAACUUCAGUCUGCAAACAAGAAACUUAACUCUGAGUUGAUGAGUCAAAUAAAAGAUAUUGAGGAACUGAACAGAAGGUGCCAUGAUUUUAGUUCCAUUCAAAGGCUAAUUGAAGAUGUUGAGGGUGAAGUGAAACUUGAAGAUGGUGGGGCAGACUCAGAGAUGACACCUGUUUCCCAUCUGGAGUCAUUGGUGUCUUUCCUUGUGCACAAAUACAAGGAGGCUAAGGAGCAGGUUAACUCAUCUAGAGAAGAGUUUGGUUCUAAGGUACUGGAAAUGACAGAACUGCAGAAGGAGAUACAUCAGUUAACUGGGUUGACGCUUCAGCAUGAGAAUGAAAUCCUUGUACUUAAGGAGCAUGUGACCCAGGCUGAGGAAGCUCUUGUUGCUAUGCGAUCUGAAUGGCAGGAGAAAGUAAGUGAACUCCAACAGUCAGAGCAGAGGGUAUCAUCCAUUAGAGAGAAGCUUAGCAUAGCUGUUGCCAAGGGGAAGGGGCUGGUUGUGCAGCGUGACAGUCUCAAGCAGUCCCUGGCAGAGACAUCUGGUGAAUUGGACAGAUGCUCACAGGAGUUACAGCUGAAAGAUUCCAGGCUGCAUGAAAUUGAAGCAAAACUGAAGACCUAUUCAGAGGCUGGUGGGCGCGUGGAAGCUCUGGAAUCUGAACUUUCAUACAUCCGCAACUCAGCUACUGCACUGAGAGAAUCUUUUCUUCUAAAAGACUCGGUACUCCAGAGGAUAGAGGAGAUUUUAGAAGAUCUGGAUCUGCCAGAGCAUUUCCAUUCAAGAGAUAUAAUCGAAAAGGUUGAUUGGUUAGCAAGAUCAGCAACUGCAAACACUUUACUGCCUACAGAUUGGGACCAAAAAAGUUCAGUUGGGGGUUCACAUUCUGAUACUGGUUUUGUUGUCACAGAUACCUGGAAAGAGGAUGUACAGUCUGGCUCAAAUUCAGGGGAUGAUUUGAGAAGAAAAUAUGAGGAGCUUCAAAGUAAGUUUUAUGGCUUGGCUGAACAAAAUGAAAUGCUGGAGCAAUCCUUGAUGGAAAGGAACAACUUGGUUCAGAGAUGGGAAGAACGUUUAGCUAGGAUCAAUUUGCCUUCCCACUUGCGGUUGGCCGAGCCAGAGGAUCGGAUUGAGUGGUUAGAAAAUGCACUUUCAGAGGCUAGCCAUGAUAGAAAUUCUCUGCUGCAGAAGAUUGAUGAACUUGAAAAUUAUUGCAGAUCAGUUACUGCAGAUUUGGAAGAGUCACAAGAUAGAGUAUCUCACCUCAUUGCUGAGUUGCAGGAGUCAUCAAAGAGAGUAUCUGACCUUGAGAGAGACCUUCAAGCAGUUAUCCUUGAGAGAGAGAACCUUUUUGAAAGAUUGGAGAUUCUGACUUCUGAUGUUGAGAAACUUUCAGCAAGGACAGUCCAAUUUGAACUAGACAAUGAAAAACUGCAGAAUGAAGCAUCUGCUUUGCAGGAGAAAUUGGUUGACAAGCUUGGGAUUGAGGAGCGUAUUCAGAGCAUUAAUGAUGAGAUAAGAAGGAUGCAGGAUUUGGUUUGUGAUGCGUUGCAGGAUCCUGGUGCAAAAGAUUUUAUAUCUGAUGGCAGCAGUACAGAGUGUCUGGAAAGAUUACUGAGGAAGCUUGUAGAGAACCACACAACACUUUCUUCUGCAAAAUCUGUGCCUGUCGAGGCAGUUGUAGAUUACCAUGCUAAAGGAACUGAUGCCAAUUUUAUUGAAGGCCAAACUAGAGAUAUAUUGGACUUUGAGGAAUCUGAUGCAGCUCUUCUGAAGAGAGAUGCAUGGGGUAAUGAGGAAGAAAAUGGGGAUUCUCUGAAAAAAGAACUGGAAGAGACUUUGAGUGAACUGGCAUGUGUGCAGGAGGAAAGAGACAGAGACAGAGAGAAGCAGCAGUCUUUGAUUUGUGAAGUUGAAGCAAAGGAGAAAAAGAUAUUGGAGUUACAAGAACUACUGCAUCAGGAGGAACAGAAGUCUACUUCUGUGAGAGAGAAGCUGAACGUUGCUGUUAGAAAAGGGAAGUUAUUGGUACAACAGCGUGAUAGUCUGAAACAAACCAUUGAAGAGAUGAAUGCGGAGUUGGUGCUCUUGAAAACUCAGAUUAAGGACAGGGAAAAUGCUCUUGCAGACAAUGAACAGAAGAUGAGAGACUUCGCCACUUACCCUGAAAGGGUGGAAGCCCUUGAAGCUGAUAGUUCACUCUUGAGAAAUCAUUUGGCUGAAACUGAGCACCUUCUGCAGGAGAAAGGGCAUACUUUAACCAUGAUGUUGAAUGUUCUCGGAGACGUCGAUGUUGGUGCUGAAAUUUACAGCAAUGAUCCAAUCGAGAAGUUGGAAUACAUGGGGAAACUAUGCCGUGAUUUGCAUGCUGCUGUGGCUUCAGCCGAACAAGAAUCUAAAAAAUCUGGAAGAGCGGCAGAACUGCUGCUUGCUGAAUUAAAUGAAGUCCAAGACAGGAAUGAUAGUCUACAAGAGGAGCUGGCUAAAGCCAGUAUUGAAAUUUCAGAGAUCUCCAAGGAGAGGGAUACAGCGGAGGCUGCAAAACUGGAAGCUCUUUCACGUCUGGAAAGGUCGUUCACAGUUCAUGCACAGGAGAAAAGGAAACAAUAUUCAGAGCUUGCAGUGUUAAAAUCUACGGCAGACAAACUCAGGAAAAGCUUCUCUGAUAUCAAUGAUCUACUGGGUGGUGUUUUCACCAUGGAACUGGAAUUUCUGCAAAAUGUAGAGGCUGGUAUGGCAUCAUGUGUUAAAAGAACAGAAACUAAUCCUGCAGUUCAUGUUCCACCUUUUAGCAGGGCUGAUGGCAUUACUUUCAACACUUCAGAAAACAUGGACAACUUUUCUGUGGAGUUUUCAUCACAAUCCAGCAUGCCAGAUGAUUUUGAUGAUAAUUUUAUUAUUGAAGUUUGUAAUACUGUGCAAGAAUUAAUGAAAGAAAUUGGUGCAGUUAAAGUAAUAUUAGGCGAACAUUCUGGUGCAUUACAUAACCAAGCCAGAAAUCUAUCAAAAUUGAUCGGGAUCCUUCAUAGAGAAAUGAUUUCCCAAAAAGAGUCAUUUGAGGCCUUGGAAAAAGAAAAUAAGCAUAUAAAAUCAGCAGAAAAGGAAAAGGAAAAGGAAAUUGUUGUAUUGCUCAGAAACAUUAGUUUGCUUUAUGAAGCAUGCACCAGUUCUAUCAUGGAAAUUGAAAAUAGAAAAGCUGAAGUAUCAGGAAAUGCUUUGGCUACUGGUGACAUGGCAGUGAACUGGAAACCUGCAAGAUUCGCUGAUGGUGGUGGGCAUAAUUUUCCAUCUGAGGAGCAUUUCAAGACCAUGGCAGAAAGAUUGUCCGUGGCAGUCAAGGAAUUUUUUAGUAUAAAAGGUGACAUCACAGAGGGUGAAAAGAAAGAAAUGAAAGUUAUGAUAUCAAAUUUGCAGAAAGAGCUUCAGGAGAAGGACAUUCAAAGAGAGAGGAUUUGCAUGGAGCUAGUUAGUCAAAUUAAGGAAGCAGAAUCAGCUGUAACAAGCUACUUGCUAGAUCUGCAAUCUUCAAGAACUCGCAUCUAUGAUUUGGAGAAACAGGUAGAUGUGAAGGAAGAGGAGCGGGAAUUAUUGAAGCAGAGAGUAAAGGAACUUCAAGAUGGGCAAGCCAUAUCAGCAGAUUUACAGGAGAGGGUCAGAUCGCUGACCGAUGUGCUUGCUGCGAAAGAGCAAGAAAUUGAAACCCUGAUGCAAGCUCUUGAUGAGGAAGAGGUCCAGAUGGAAGAUUUAACUAGCAAAACAAAAGAACUGGAAAAGAUUUUGCAGCAAAAGAAUUUGGACAUUGAGAACCUUGAAGCUUCUCGUGGAAAGGCUCUGAAAAAGCUUUCCAUCACUGUGAACAAGUUUGAUGAGCUCCAUCAUUUUUCCGAAAGUCUCCUUGCUGAGGUUGAAAAACUUCAAUCACAAUUGCAAGAGCGUGAUGCUGAAAUAUCUUUCUUAAGGCAAGAGGUCACUAGGUGCACCAAUGAAGUUCUGGUUGCAUCUCAGAUGAGCAGCAAGAGAAAUUCAGACGACAUCCAUGAAUUGUUGUUGUGGUUGGACACAUUGGUUUCUCAAGUCGGGAUGCAAGAUGUUAAUCUUUAUGAUAGCAGUAUGGCACCUGAGCACAAGGAAUUGCUUCAGAAGAAGAUUACGAGCAUUGUGUCUAAAUUGGAGGAUCUACAGGUGGUGGCUCAAAGCAGGGACACAUUAGUGCAAACAGAAAGGAAUAAAGUAGAUGAGUUAACACGUCGAAUAGAAACUCUUGAGAGCUCUUUACGUGAGAAAGAAUCCCAAUUAAAUAUGCUUGAAGGGGUUGAAGAUUUGGGACAGACAACCAACUCAGUCUCAGAAAUUGUGGAAGUCGAACCAGUGAUCAACAAAUGGGUAGCCCCUGUGCCCUCCAGUUCAUCUCAAGUUCGCAAUUUGCGCAAAGUCAACAAUGAUCAAGUUGCUAUUGCUAUAGAUGAGGAUCCUGUUGGCAAGAAUAGUUUAGAGGAUGAAGAUGAUGAUAAAGUUCAUGGUUUCAAGUCGCUUACUACAUCGAGAAUUGUACCGAAGUUUACAAGACCAGUGUCUGACAUGAUAGAUGGUCUAUGGGUUUCUUGUGACCGGGCAUUAAUGCGUCGGCCUGCCCUACGUCUUUGUAUAAUUAUCUACUGGGCUGUCUUGCAUGCACUUCUUGCAACUUUUGCGGUUUAGCGAGCAACACAGGUGGUGUCUAUAAUUGCCAAUCUAUUUAAUGUUCUCUAUUUGGUUUAAAGGCUAGAUGGAUGGAGGCUCCUUUUUCAGGAUUGUAUCUCUGCUGGGUCUUUCAGCCUGUGUGUAGAGUAGAUUGAAACCCACGAUAUUUGGUCAGAUUGAUUCAUUAUUUAGCUCAAUCAGGCAGCUGUGAUUGCCGUUUUAUUUUUACAAAUCGCAGAUUGCACUGUUGCAUCCAAUAAGGAGAAAUUGCCAUUACACAGGAUAUAGUUUUAGAUCUUGCCUUACCUGAACCCAUCAAUCAAAAGGUGAAUCGCGUUGCCGUCACCCGUCAGUGUUUCUGGGUUCCUCUUUUUGGAAAUUAUACAAAAGCAACAAUGCUUUGUAUGGGAUUGUAGUUUGUACAUAUUGGGUCUCUGGACUCCAUUUUUUUAGCAAAUGAAGCAUACAUCAUAUUAUUUCUUGA